GGUAAUUGGCAGUUAAUUGUUAGUUACAUGAGCUGAUCAACAACAUAAUCGUUUAUUGCAAAAAUCAAUUGAUAUUUGUUUAUGUCUACUCAAGUUACCAUCACUUGUGAUUAGGAGGAUCUCGUUAAUAACAACAAUUUAACUAACGGAUUAUCAUCAUGGGAGUAACAUCAUCUUCGCACGGCCGUAGUCAGCCUGCGACCAUCCGACCUUCGACUUCUCAUUGGCCAGACUGGGAUGAAGAUGAAGGUGAAUAUGAACCCGUUUAUGUAACUGAAUUUGAUUCAGAUCUUAGACGAACUCGUCCACAGCAACAGAUAUCUAGCGAGUCUCAUAAUAGUUACUCGUCUCCUGUCAGAUCACAAUAUUUGGUGACUUCGACAACGGAAUCGACUCCAACAACAUUGUCACCAAUAUCAACGGUCGCAAAUCGUCCUAUUGAGCUACAAGGUGCUAUUAGACCUUACAUUUCUUGCACGGUUCAUCCACCGUCAAGAACAACAAUGCAAACAUUGACACCGAUAUCAACGCCAUCAACUAAAGCAUCAACGCCCAAACCACAGCCCAAACCACAGCCCACACCACCACCAACUACAACUCAACAAAGACUUUCAUCCAGCGCUUCUGUCGUAGCAAAAGUGAACGGUUGUCCAUUCAUAAAAGGCGAUAAAAUCAAAGUGAUCGCGAUUUCAAUCAACGAACUCAAACUGCUCGCAAAUGGUCAAAAGGAAUGGAAUCCAAAGACGGUAAAAUACAUGAGCAAAAAUGGAAUAAUCAAUGGAAUCAGUGAAAACAGUGAAAUAGAUGUCAAGUUUGAAGAUUCACGAAUUGCUUGGACAUUUGAGAACGAACUGGAAGUUGAACAUCGUGUUGGUGAUGUUGUCGAAUUGAUCGAUUCCGAAAGUCAAGUGAAAAAACUUCAACAAGGUCAUGGGGAAUUCGUUCCUGAUAUGAAAAAUUUUCUCGGUAAAAAGGGAAUCGUUUUCAAAGUGUUUUCGGAUGGUGAUCUAAGUGUCACUUUCGAUGGUGGUACAUGGCAAUUGAAUCCUAAAUGUAUCGUAAGUUUAGUGCGAAGUCCAAAAAAACCCAGACGAAUCAAUCAAAGUGCCAAUAAUAGUCCAAUCAAAGAUAAAAGAUCUCGAAAAAAACAAAAGAAAUCACCUGAUAUACCACAACCACCACCGACGGAAGAACAACAUUCAUUUGCGACUGGAGAUCGAGUGAAAGUGAUCGCCAUCAAGUACGAACAGCUCAAAGAGCUUCAACAAGGACACGGAGGUUGGAAUCCACGAAUGGCUCAAGCAAUCAACAAAACGGGAAUCGUAAUGAGCAUCACCGAGACUAAAGAUGUUAACGUUUUAUUCAAUCACAGUCGAUUAAGUUGGACAUUCAAUCCGCUGGUUUUGAGGAAACAUUAUGCCGGCGAUAUUGUUAAGGUCAUUAAAGAUAAUAAAAAAGUGAAAAAAAUUCUCGACGAAAAUGACAAAUACUCACCAGAGAUAAUGAAAAUUCGGGGUGAAUGUGGUAUCGUAAUGGACACCGACAAUGACGGUGACCUGAUUGUCCAUUUUGGUAAACAAACAUACAUACUGAAUCCAUCAUGUGUUAUGAAUAUUUCAGAAUUGGCUAAAUCUCGUCAGAAAAUGAAAGAAAUCAAGAAAAUCGCAAAGGAAUCAGAUGAGAUGUCAUGGAGAAAAUGGAUCAGUGAAUUCGUCGAUCUUGAUGAUUCUCAAGUUAUUCCAACACUAGACCAAAGAAAAUUCUAUACUAAAACUGAAACUGAUUCGAACAUUUCAUAUUUAGUUGAUAAAAUUCGAAUUCUUGAGAAAAAAUUAACUGCGAUCGAAGAUGCGAAUAACUGUUCGAUUUGUUUGGAAAAUUCGAAGAACGUAAUUUUCCUCUGUGGCCACGGUUCGUGUUCCGUUUGUUGCACUAACCUUUCAGUGUGUCACAUGUGCCGAAAGUACAUAACAUAUAAGAUCACAAUCUACUGAACAAUCAACAUCGGCAUCUCGAAAUUCAUUUCCAUCCAUUGAUCAACUUUUGCAUUGAUCAAUUUAAAGAGAACCGUUAAUCCAACUCACCUUGUUAAUUUCCAACCUCUGAUGAAAUUUUAAUCACUUAAUGAUAAAUUAUCACUUGAAGACAUUUUCUUUUAAUCCUGAUUGCUGAUUGAACAAUUAGUUAAAGAUAAGAUUGAAUCGAAUCAAAGAAAAACAACUUAUUCUCAUUUAAGAUUUUUUUGUUAACUAAAGGAAACACAAUUAAAAUCAUUCUCUGGCAAUUAAUCUAUUUAAAUUGUUCCUCAUUAUUUUGAAGCCAUUAAUCCAAUGGAUUAACUUUCAGUUGAUUUAGAUGGAUUAAGUUUCUACUCUAAAUGGAAACCUAAAUGUUUCAUUUUGUAUGAGAGAAACAAAUUUACUUUGAAUGUACGAAUCUCAUCUUGACCAUCACAAUGUCACCUUCAUUUGUAGUAUUGUUCAUUUUGUUUACCUUUAGUCAAUCAUUUUCCGUUGACCAGUGUCCAUCUUUUAAAGAUGAACAGGCUACUCUUGGGGUCGAUGAAAAUCAUUGUUACGCUUUUUUCACCAACGAAUUGACCUUUAGUGGUUCUCAUGAAUUCUGCAGCCAGAGAGAUGGAAUCGUUCCCUAUUCUUCAUCACAGUCUUCGUUUUUUCUUUAUAAAAAUAUUCGACUCUCAAGUGGAAUGGAAAAAAAUGGCCUCAAAUCGCUUAACUUUUGGACUCAAGGGAUAUUCAAUUGUGCUAAAAUCGACAUUGCCACUGGGAAAUUUGCUCAUGAAGUUUCGUGUUCUGGUACGAGGCAUGUUGCUUGCCAGUUCGAACCGACAUCUCAAUGGACCUCAUCUUCGACCUCAUCUUCGAUCUCAUAUUGGACUUCAUCUUCACCCUCACUAGCUCCAUCAUCUUUAUCUCUGUCAUCAUCAUCAUCAUCAUCUCCAUCUUCACCAAUACAUUCAACCAAUUUAACCCUCAAAGAUAUUGGGAUCUGCUCAGUUAUCAUACUAAUUGUUUCAACUUUAGUGUUGAUAUUAAUUAUUAGAAGUCGAUCGCGACCAAUGUCAACUCAACUCGUUCAUCCCAAAUACGUGGACAUUUCAACGAUAGUCGAUAUUGAUUCCAUACACCAAGAAGCUCAAACACUAAAUUUCAGCAACUAUUUUUCGAGACCUUGAUCCACCUAAUCAACAAUUUAAUUUAAUAAUCUGCAACAUAUCAUCUGAUUCAGAGACAUGAUAAAUUAUUUGACAUGAAAAGAGUUCUAAUUGUAAUUUAAUUUACUAAUAUAUAAGUGAAAAUAUUAAACACAUCACGUAUUAUUAUCAUUACUAAA